AUGAGGCUGAGUCAUAUGGCUACAGUUGGAGAGCAUUGUUCAACCCACGGCGAAGCGAUAGAUGAAAAUAGAACGGGAGGGGUUCAAAUGACUUUGCGUUCGCAGAAUUUGGACUCGGGUUUGCAUCUAGAUUCGGGUUCGGAUUCAAUCUCAGAUGAUGGGGAUGGGGAUGGGGACGAGGGGGGUGAGGAAGGCGCUUUGAUAUCGAAUGGGGCUGAGCAAGAAGUGAUGCAGACGGAAAUGAAUAUGGAAAUGGAAAUGGAAAUGAAUAAAACCCAAGCUUGGGCUCUUUAUCUGAGUCAUUUUUUAUCCACCUGGAAUGGAAGGAGUUAUGAAUUCGCGGCGAUUAUCUUCACGGCAAAUGCAUGGCCUGAUACAUUGGUUGCUGCUUCUAUCCGGUAUGUUUUCUCCUCCUUACACGAUGGGGAUGUGGAACAAGGAGGUGAAAAGAGAAAGAUCACAAUCGUGGUGAUUUGCGCUUCUGUAUUAUGGUUUUUCGUGGUUGAAUCGGAGAACAAUCCUGAAAAUGGUGUAGCUUUACUUCAGUCUAGGAAAGAUGAUGUUACGUUUAGAGAUACCAUGAAAAUUGUCAUGUUCUUGCCAAUUCUUGGAUUUGGUAUUUUGGAAGGAUUGAGCGCGAAUGGGAAUAUGCUGUCAAUGGAAAGAGAUUGGGUGGUUGUUGCUGCUGCACCGGAAGGAAAUCAAUAUGAUCUCACGCAUUUGAAUUCUUCGAUGAGAAGGAUCGAUUUGAGUUGUAAACUCCUCGCUCCGAUAUUAAUCUCAUUCCUAAUCUCGCGACUGGGCAUAAAAAUUGGGGUGAUUGUUGUAGGUGGGAUGAGUGCUGCGAGUUGGGGAUUGGAAAUGUGGUCUGCGAGGAGAGUAUGGAGUUCUAAUACUCGAUUGCAACAACAGAAGGAGGUUAGAAGUGAUGAAGUGGUAUCGCAUGUCGAGGUGCGAAGUUUGAGGGAGAAAUUCAUGCGAGGACUUCGUUUGCACAAGGAAGACUUUGGGAAUUAUUUUUCGUCUAAAGUUUGGAUUCCUUCCAUGUCGCUCUCUUUACUUCAUUUUUCUGCACUUUCGUAUGGUGCCACGUUUAUCACGUUCUUGUUGAAUGCGGGAUUUUCGUUGGGUCUUAUCACGCUCGCUCGAGCAGCGGGAAGUUUGGUGGAAAUUAGUAGCACGGUUGUAACACCCUUUGGAGUUCGACAUCUUUCAAAGGCUCAUGGACAUGGUCCAUAUGAUCGUUUACACGGAUCCAAUGGUUCAGAUGAAGUUUUAUUACAGGGAGAAGGCGAAAUCGAUGAAUCGGGAAGAAUCACUACUGGAUUGGAACGAUUAGGUCUUUGGGGUCUUUCAUGGCAAUUUCUUAAUCUCGUAAGUAUCCUCUCAAGAGUGAUCAGUAUCUAUGUAUAUCCACAUACUAAACAAAUACCAGAUCCCCUAACCCUUAUCCUCUGGAUCCUCUCUACUUCCACCUCUAUCCCCAACACUCCCCUCCUCUCCCCUAAUACUCCCCUUCUCGCUCUCUUCCUAUUCACUUCCCUCUCUCUCUCCCGUCUCGGUCUCUGGAUCUUCGAUCUCACCACCCAACAAUUAAGCCAAACCCUCAUCGCACCUACUCAGCGCUCCUCCUUCGCCGGCUGCGAAUACUCCCUCGUCGCGCUGUUUGAAUUGGGGAAUUAUGUAAUGGCGAUUAUUUGGUCGAGACAAGAUCAAUUUGGGUGGGUGGCAUUAGUGAGUUUGGUGGCGGUGGGGGUAAGUACGGUGGUUUAUGCAGGGUGGGUGAGGACAGUUAGGGGUCAUUUGGUGCAUUGGGAGAGGGUGGGUAGGUGUGGGGGAAAGUGUGGUGGAGGAUAG